UAUAUAAAGGGGGUGAGCAGGCAAUACCUACAGUUAGCAAGGAUCAUCCUAGCUACGAAGCCACUCUCGUUCCCCACAGUCUCCCAUCCGUCGUUCAGGAGUUAUUCCUCUGUAGACCGUUAUUCUUUUGCAGUGUUCACGGUUGGAUAAAAAGAGAUGAUCUCCCGGGUUACAGCAGCAGUCCUUCUACUGAUCUACCUCUUCAACGUCCACAUGACAGUGGCGCAAGAGGAAGAAGGCCUCGGGUUCUUGAGUUUUGACAGCGCACCGCCGCAAAAGGUGUCUUGUCCAAACAUGAGGGUUGUUUCUGACUUCAAGUUAGAUGAGUACAUGGGUCGCUGGUAUGAGCUGGAGAGAUUUGAGGUCCCCUUCCAAACAGGGGAUUGUGGGACCGUCGAUUAUUAUCCAGACACCAACCGAACUUUUUCUUUGGUGAAAACUGAAGUGUCCAAAGGGAAACCAGUCGUAACCAAAGGCACAGCAGUUGCAACGGAGGAGACUACCAGAUCUCGUUUCUAUGUGACCUUACCCGACAUUCCAGAGGGCGAUGGCAGCCCAAACUACAACGUUGUGGCAACAGACUACAGAACCUUUGCAGUCAUCUACACGUGUGUUCCUCUUGGAUUCAACGACAAACUUGAAUUUGCUUGGAUUAUGGGGAGAAAAGAAAAGCUUCCAGAUAAAUUCUUGAUCAUCAUCAAAAAGUGGAUACAGAAGUUCGGAAUCGAGAUCGAGAACUUUAGCAGAGUCAACCAGGCGAACUGUAUUCGCACUCCACAAACGUCCACUCAAUCGUGAACCCUCAAUAUAAUUCUAUUCGCCUUGAAAAAAUCCACAUCUUUGCUCUUCUAAUAAUGAAACACAGCUUCGUCGUGAACCAAUGAUCCUCAUUCAUACUGAGGUAUUUACCAGUAAUGAAAGCGGUCCCGUCUAAUAACGUAUCCACUAUAUACUACGACGUGCUCUGCUGAUGAAAUGGCUCACUCUUGAUCGUGAUUUCUGAACGAUUUCACCCACAACCCUCUUUUUGUGAAUUCCAUGAAAGGAUGAACCUCCAUUCACUUCUCAAGGAGACCUACAAGAAAGGUCCUGUCACUGACUGGACGAGGUCCAUGAAGACCUUGUUAAUGAACUACUUCCGCCAACUAGUAUGGAGCAGGCGGGUACGUUAUAUCUAAUUCCGUACUGCAGAAUAAGGAAUUUCUGUUCAUAUAAUCAUCGUUAUUUUCCAAUGCAUACACCGUUAUUUUUCAAAAUAUAAUCUUAACGAAUGGAUAUAAAUUUGUAAAUGUAAAAAAAAUAUUUCCUGCACUUGAGCAUAUCUUGUGCGUCAUCUGUCUGAAAACAAUGAUUUUAAAGAAAGCCGCCCUCCUAAAUUUAUGACCUGAAAACCCCACAAUUUUAACCUGUAUUUAAUCUAUCUCGUUUCAUAUUAACCACAGAAAGAAAAUAUUUACUAUCACACGAUUAAUAUAGGAAACCUGACUGUUACUGUUAUUCAAUUCCAAAAUAAAAAUGAAAAAGUGUC